GAGAAACUGCUGUUCUACCUCAGCGAAGAGGUAACCCGCACCCCUGCGGUCUUUGAGCAGGCGCAGAAGAACCGCGAUGCCCAUCAAAAAAGGCUCAAUGAGAUGCUUGAGGAAACCCUGCGGCAGAUCAAGAAAUGCCGCGCUCAUAUGCAGCAGAAGAAGAAACACGUCAUGGACACCACGAAGUCCUACACCGCAAAGUUUCAACACGAGCUGAGCGGUGCGCGGCAGGGCCUGCGCCGCGACCUGCGGGAGGCCUUCGGAGCCAUGAACGCGGUAGUGGAUGAACUGGGUGAUCGGAUGACCGAAGCCGAGGCUGCCUUGGUGCGGCAACGCGAGGAUCGGAUACGACACAUCGAGGCCACCCUGGGCCCCAUCCGUGACGAGUCGCAGCGCCUCAGCGACGCCCUGGCGGAGGAGACGCGCAGUCGACAGCUGCAGGACGUGCGACGCGAAAAAUUGUUGGAGGACGAGGUCCAUGCCUUCAAUGCUCUACUGGAUGAGGAGAAGUUCGACCGCGAACAGCAGCUCAUGAGCUACGAGCGGUGGGCCGAUGCGUCUCAACAGCAGGUGGCCAAGAGCCAGUACCAACUGGAGAAGGAGGUGCGGGAGCUCACGAAAGACAUCCGCGCGGAUCACCAACAGCACAGCAAGAAUCGGGUGGAGGCGCAGCAUGCCAUCGUGGACAGCAUCGCCUCCUUUAUCCACAAGUAUCGAGAGCAGCUGGAACGGGACGUUUCUCUUCAAAAUGUGUACAAACAAUAUAUCAAAUGA